UCUCUCAAGCAAACUCUAAAACCCCCACCAAACAAGAUCCAACACAACAACAAUGGCUCCCAAAUCAGAACAAUUACAGAGCCUCUCUACACAAGCAGAUCCUUCGUCUUCAUCCAUGGACCCUUUCUUUCACAUACUGAAGAUCCUCCCCUACUCCAUUAUCCGCCCACCCAGGCUCCGCCUGAAGCUCCCCUCUUUCACUCUCCCUUCCCCGAUGACCGUCUUUGCUCUCGUUCUUCUCACCUACUUCAUGGUGGUUUCAGGGAUCGUUUAUGAUGUGAUUGUAGAGCCUCCAGGCAUCGGGUCCACCCAGGACCCUGCCACGGGGUCGGUUCGGCCAGUUGUGUUCCUCCCGGGACGCGUCAACGGUCAGUACAUCAUCGAGGGUCUCUCGUCUGGGUUCAUGUUCGUGCUUGGUGGGAUGGGGAUCGUGCUCUUGGAUCUGGCUCUUGAUAAGAACAGGGCUAAAAGUGUGAAGGUUUCUUAUGCCUCUGCUGGGAUCUCAUCCCUUCUUAUCGCUUAUGUUAUGAGUAUGCUUUUUAUUCGUAUUAAGAUCCCCGGUUAUAUGAGGUGAAUUUUCGGGUUUCUUAUUUGGUUGUUUUGGAUUCAGAAUUUUAGUUUUCAUAUGCUAUAAUUUGCUAUGAAUAGAUUAUCAAUUAUCAGUUUAUCUUUCUGUUGAUUUGAUA